ACGAAGAAGAACCCACUUCCGCUAUGAGAUGCACUGCCGCGCACGCCGCACACAUUGCAGGUGUGUGUGUGUGUGCGAGACGGCUAGCUGUGGCGUUAAGCAUCACUCGCAUUGCUAAAUACAAUACAAAAUGCUGAUUUGUUAUGGGUUGAAAGACUAGAGUAUCACAUCCGGCUUUAAACUCUGUUUCACCCCGACUCUGCGCUGAUCAACUUUCGCUUAGUGAAAACAACGGUGGCGCUGUUAAGCUAACGAGUGCUAGCUAGAGUAAGCUAACACCACCAAACGCCAAGAUGGACGAAGCUGCUGCCGCGGAGAUCAAAGAGGGGGGAGCUGAAAAGAGACCACACAAUGGAAAUAAAGCAUCUGAAAACAACAUUGGUUCAUCGGUUGAGGACAUCGCUGAUGGGGUUGGGGUUUUCUGCUGUCAGCAUUGUGGAGAAGCCUUCAGAGAUGAGGCAGCCUACUUGGACCAUCGCCAUCAGCACUUGCAAGAAGGCGUGUGUUUAGAUGACCAGUUGGGUGGUUUAAAUGAUCCAAAAAAGGACAGUGAAACAGCCACUUUCUGUACUUUAUGUUCACUGUCAUUUGUUGAACCAAGUGAGUUCCACUCACACAUGGAGAAGAUACAUGGUCCAACUUCCCCAAAGGAGACUGGUAUUCAAAUAAGACCUGGGAUAACAAAGCAGCAAACCUAUGAAUGUCCAGACUGUGGGAAAUGUUACGGUGUGGUCGGACACUUUCUUAACCAUCAGCGCUCACACAGACAGGCAUCAAAAUCUGUUUUUCACGACCUUGAACAUUUGAAAAAGAAGUCAUUUCAGUGUGAGUCUUGUGGGCGGAAUUAUUCUCGGGCUUCAGCCCUUGAUGCACAUCGUCGUUGUCAUGAGGAAAAAUUGGUAAAGUCGCGAAACAGGGGUUCAGGAGAUGCGUGUCACAUGGAGGAGUCGCCUGCUGAAGCCAAGCCCAGUGAGAACCAGACACAUGUAACUCCUGAAAAACUUUUCAAGUGUUCAUGUGGUAAAGCUUUUACUGCUCUAUUGCGCCUUAAAACACAUCAACGUUUUAGCCGCAACAGACAAUGCUCUCCAGAAGAAAUGAAAGAAAAACCAAAGAAAAGCUGCAAUGAGUUUUAUUGUAGUGAGUGCAAAAAGGCUUUCAGUGGCCACAUUGCCCUCUUCAACCAUCAGCGCUGGCAUGCAAAUCACUCAGAUGAUUCAGCAAAAAGGUUCCUAUGUGAGGAAUGUGGAAAGGUAUUUAUGACUCUAACAUUCUACUACAGACAUCAACGCAUGGUUCACAGUGAUGAGACCCCAGCAAAGUCAUUUCUUCAUCAAGUGUGUCAAUUACAGAAGAAGGCAUUUGAAUGUAAAGAUUGUGGGCUCAAGUUUUCCAGGGCCUCAGCACUCCACUCCCAUCAGCUCCAUCAUACAGAUGUUUUCAGAGAAACGGAGAAGGAAGCCCAGACACGGACUUCUCUGCUACCUCAACAGAAAACCUUUGAAAGUGAAACAAAAGAGACUGAGCAGGAACAGGUGGAAUCUGAGGAUCUGCUUCCGACCAGUAUCACUGAAGAAGACUCGCAUGUAAAUGAGAAUGAUGAAGAUGUGGAGAGUUAUGAACCUGGGGACUUUAAUGUGCAGGUGAUCAGUGCAAGUGAAUCUGAGGACGAGCCCAUCCAAGACCUGAAUCCUGAUCUUGAGCUGCUGUGUGAGUCCGAUCAGGAAACAAGAGAUGAAGAUGACACCAUAGUUUCCCCCAGUACUAAUGUUUCAAAGCCACAGAUGGAUUUGAAAAUUGUACAGAUUGACUUUGAGCUAGCUGAUGUGCAUUGUGCACCGAUAGUGAGGGAAACCGAGACUAAAACGACUGAGGGAAGAUUUGAUUGCCCAGAAUGUUACCGUUGGUUUUCUAGUGCUUCAUCACUACGUGUUCACAGAAUGUGGCAUGGCAUUCAUAAGAGAAGACAACAGACUGAAGGUCAGUCAGUCGCAGUUUACACAUGCGACACAUGUGGCCAUGAAGCCAGUAGCUAUACAGAACACUUCAAGCACAUACAACAACACAAGAAUGAAACCACGAGCAAUGAUGUUUUGUACCAGGCGGAGGAAUUUGAGAAGAAAGAUUUCACAUGCAGUGAGUGUGGUAAAUGCUUCCCGUGUUUGUCUGCUUUAGUCUCUCAUCAACUGCAUCAUCCCAAAAGAAAACUGUUCCAAUGCCCAGAUUGCAUGAUGUCCUUUUGGAACACAACUACCUUAUUUAACCAUACGAAAAACUGCUCCACACAAAAGAACGAGAAUAUUUCAGUCACAAAGAGAGAGUACAAUCCAAAGAAAACCCUUCUAGGUCCAAAGAUUUAUCAUUGUGAACAGUGUGGGAAGGGAUUUUGGUCUCUAGGAGCUUACUCUCACCACAAGCAAAGUCAGACUCAGUGUGCAGAUUUGAGAUUAAGAAAAGGUCUUGCAGGUUCUUUGCACUCUGUUAAUGGACGCCCACGCUCCACUGUCAGGGUUGCAUGUCCAGUGUGUGGUAGAAAGUUCCGACACAGGGGCAUUAUGGCGUUGCACAUGCGAAAACAUGAAAACGGAAAUCAUAAAUGUGAAAUCUGCAACAGGUCAUUCCGUCUUUUUUCCAGCCUUCUCAGACACCAGGUAGUGCACAAUGACCAGUUACUCCCGCCGCCUAUUAAGUCUUUUCAGCAUCAGGUUGAGCAGUUAAAAAAGAACACUUACAGCUGCCCUGACUGCGGAAAACUGUUUUCACGAGCCAAGGCACUUCAGUUUCACAUGAAAAGCCAUGGGUACGAGACUGGGUACUCGCCAUCAACACCAAGAUCUGCUGUCACGCUGGAGGAUCUCCAGUGCGCAACAUGCCUUGCACACUUCAACAGCAAGGUCUCUUUGAAGGCUCAUCAAAAGCUUUGCGUUAAGAGAGAUCAUCAAGCAGCUGAUUGUAAAUCAAAAACCUCAAAAAAUGAUGAUUCUCUAAAAUUGCACAAGAAUUGUAAGGAUGUCACCACACUGGAAAAGCAAGCAACAGUUAAUGCUGAAGUAAAUGAAAUGGACAGUGAGAAGCUACAGGUGGAAAACCUAAGUACAACUAAUUUGAAAUACCAAUGCAAAAAGUGUGACAGAAGCUUUUCAGUGGUUGGAGCUUUGAAUUUUCAUAAAAGAAUUCACACUGAGGGAUACAAAUCUGUAGCAAAUGCAAAAUUAUCCAUGUCUGUAAUGCUUAAGAAACCUAAACAGGAAGAGUCGAGUAAAGGACCGUUUAACUGCUCAGACUGUGGGAGGCGAUUCAUGUCCAACUCAGCCCUGGGCUCCCACAAAAGAUGGCACAAAGAAAAAAAAUUCUCACGAUCCUUGCUAAAAGAUGAUGAUUUGAAAUCUGUUAGCCAGAAGACAGAGGGUGGACCUUUUCAGUGCCACAAAUGUGGCAAACAGUUUUUUAACCUUUGUGUUUUUCAGCGCCACCAAAUGUUUAAUCCUCAGUGUCAAAGCAAAUCUGAGCCAGAGCCCGUUGCGAGCAGUAACACACACAGUUCAUCAGAGUUUUCACAACAAGAAUGUACCAAAACUUUUGUGCAAGGUUCCCAUCUAUCUGCCCACUGUAAAAAUGAACACAGUAACACUUUGGAAGCUGCAGAUGAUCAACGAGACACAGUCAUGUUGGUUGACCAGGUCCCAGAACAGGCUGAUGUUAACUUCAACAGGAGUGAGUCCAUAUCAACGACACUGAAGCCCAAAGCUUACCAUUGUCCCCUCUGCUCUAUGACCUUUGCCAAAGCAAGAGGUCUGCGUGCCCACAAAUGGCAGGCCCACUCAAACAGGACAAAAGGCAAAAAUAAGAUUUCUGUGUGCUCUAAAAAUGAGUCCAUUCCCUCAAGCAAUGAAAUACAACAAACAGAAGACUCACAAUCUGUGAAUAAUUCUAUAGUAACAGUGAAAAAUAUGCCUUUUGGCAGAGGAAGGAAGAAAAUCAGAUCAGACCCCCCGCCUGUGAAAUCUGUCCCAUGUCUUGACUGUGUGGAGCAGUGCAGUUCUGCAGACCAUAAGAAAGUAUUACUGGAGGUAAAGCAUGAGUCCAAACAGGAAAGUCAGACUCCUGAAACUACUGCUGAGGUUUGCCCGCCUCUUAGCUGUCUGCCCGAGCAUGCAGCUAAAUGCCUCUUCAAGUGUGACAAGUGUGGGAAAGCUUUCCAAACAGAGGACCAAUUAGGGGCCCACAAGGUCAAAGCAAGGACCCGGCCUUAUUGUUGCGCCCUGUGCUGCCAGGGCUUUUGGACUGAGAAUCAACUGCAGCAGCACCUCGCCUGGCAUGAUGAAGUUCGCUGUCGUCUCCCAAAUGAGGUUCGCUACAGGCUCAGCACUGCUAUGACCUCAAAGCCUCUAAAACCCAACAUGCCCUCUGGCGACAGCAGAGGGAAUUCCUUUCCAUCCUCUUCACUGAAUCAUCCUGCACUUAAUGCAGACAGCCAGUCACAGAGUAGUCAUAAGUGCCAACACUGUGGCAAAGCCUUCCUUUCACCAACUGCGUUACAAAAACAUGAAACUCUGCACUGUAACAGUGACUCGUAUCAUUGCUCCAUUUGCCCUCGGACCUUCAGUGAAAUACAGGACCUAAUCGCUCAUCACCAGGACUGUAUCAGUGAUUUCAAGAAUACAGAGUGAUGCCCCUGCUGCUGUCUCAUCAGGAGAUACUAAUAGCCUUACUUGUCUUGAAUGUGGAACUACUUUUUGUUAAGAAACUGAUUUGCACCAGCAUUAUAUUGAACAUGCCCAAGGAGUGUAUCCGACCUAAAAAGGACUAACAUGAAGACACUGUAGAUUGUAGAUUUUUGAUUUUUGUUUUGGAGGUUGCCAAACUACUUAAAUGUGUUAAUCUAUACAAUUCCUUGUUAGACCUUUUAUUUAGAGUAGAAACAUGCUUUCCCUGUUUGUCUCUACAUUAUUUGGGAUCUUUUAUGUUAAAAAAAAAAAAAGAACGAAAGAAAAAAAAAAGCACCUCUGGUUAUAUUCCUAUUCUCAGGCUUUCCUUUACACUGGAUUAAAAUAUGUACAAAUGUUAAAGAAUAACCCCUUUAGAUGUCACGAAUGUGUAGUUUUGAGCCGCCAUACGAUUUGUCCUUCUUUUGAAAAAGAAAAAAGAUUCAGAAACAGUUAUGCAUGUGUAUGUUUGUCCUUGUACAUUUCAAAAUUCCCUGAAAAAAAAACCCCAAAACAUGCUGCUGACACACUAUUGCAAAGUUUAAGAGGACAUUGAAAUAAUUCUGCACAAUAAUUCACUAGUGUUGUUUUAAGUACCCGACGUUUGACUGAACAAAAUCCACCUGGCAAAUAAGUUAUGAUAUAUGAAAUUAAUUAAUGUGCACUGUUGAUGUAAAAAAAAAAAAAAGUCCCAAUGUUCAAC